GCCACCACUUGGAACCACCUCCUACAUGUGAGCCCAGUCGGCGGCACCACGCGCGGCGUGUGGAGGAGAGAAACCGGCAGGAAAGGCAACGUCAUCUCUCGGACCACAGACUAGACGCAGCGCAGAACCCAGAGAGUGGAGCGGCGUUGUCCGAGGCAGGUGCUGAACAAUUGCAGCUGAAAGAUGGCGGACGACCCCAGCGCGGCGGACAGGAACGUGGAGAUAUGGAAAAUCAAGAAGCUGAUCAAAAGUUUGGAAGCUGCCCGUGGUAAUGGCACCAGCAUGAUCUCCUUGAUCAUCCCACCCAAGGACCAGAUUUCGAGAGUGGCCAAAAUGUUGGCGGAUGAGUUUGGCACCGCUUCCAACAUCAAGAGUCGAGUCAACAGGCUCUCCGUACUCGGGGCCAUAACCUCUGUACAGCAAAGACUAAAGCUGUACAACAAGGUGCCUCCCAAUGGCCUAGUCGUGUACUGUGGCACCAUUGUUACAGACGAAGGGAAGGAGAAAAAAGUUAAUAUCGACUUUGAGCCUUUUAAGCCAAUCAACACCUCCCUGUAUCUCUGUGACAACAAGUUCCAUACUGAGGCAUUGACGGCCCUGCUUUCUGAUGACAGUAAGUUUGGCUUCAUUGUGAUUGACGGUAGUGGGGCGCUAUUUGGCACGCUGCAGGGGAACACCAGGGAGGUGCUGCACAAGUUCACUGUGGACCUACCCAAGAAGCACGGCAGAGGAGGACAGUCUGCUCUGCGUUUUGCCCGUCUAAGAAUGGAGAAGAGACACAACUAUGUGAGGAAAGUAGCUGAAACAGCUGUGCAGCUGUUUGUCUCUAACGACAAAGUCAAUGUGGCAGGAAUGGUUCUGGCUGGUUCUGCCGACUUCAAAACUGAGCUCAGCCAGUCUGACAUGUUUGACCCAAGGUUACAAGCCAAGGUUCUGAAGUUAGUGGACAUCUCCUACGGUGGUGAAAAUGGUUUCAACCAGGCAAUUGAGCUCUCAGCAGAGGUUCUCUCCAAUGUCAAGUUUAUCCAAGAAAAGAAGCUAAUAGGGCGAUACUUUGAUGAGAUCAGUCAGGACACCGGGAAGUACUGCUUUGGUGUGGAGGACACACUCAAAGCCUUGGAGAUGGGAGCCGUGGAGAUCCUCAUAGUGUACGAGAACUUAGACACCAUGCGUUACAUUUUACGCGUACAUGGGGCUGAGAGCAACGGAGCUGAGAACGAUGAGAAGACUUUGUACUUAACACCAGAACAGGAGAAAGACAAGUCUCAUUUCACAGACAAGGAGACAGGGCAAGAACAUGAACUGAUCGAGAGCAUGCCGCUGCUAGAGUGGUUUGCCAACAACUACAAAAAAUUUGGGGCCACGCUGGAGAUAGUCACAGACAAGAGCCAAGAAGGAUCCCAGUUUGUCAAGGGCUUUGGAGGCAUUGGGGGUAUCUUGCGGUAUAGGGUGGACUUCCAGGGCAUGGAGUACCAAGGAGAGGACGAUGAGUUCUUUGAUUUGGAUGACUACUAGGUAGUCGGGGACUGAUACUGGGAGAGAGGAAAAAAACAAAGCAAAGGAAAGAAUGAAGAAAUAAGGAAAGAAAAAUGCCACCUCUCUUGCAGCAAGUGAGGGGCUCAACUGUGUUGACCACAUAAUGACAGACAACUUCCAACUUACUUGUUGAAUACACAACGUUGCACAUACAUUUCAUCUGUACACACAUUGAAGUACACCACACAGGCUGAAGAGGAGUGAAAUUUUCUUUCAUCCAGAGAGGGAGAAAGCCUUUCCUGAAUAAAUCCCUGCCUUAGAGUGCUGGUUCCUUCCCCUAGUUGGAUUGGACUCGACUCAUUUUUGUUCUUUAUCUCCCGCUCCUUCCCUCCAUUUUGAAUGAACACAACAGCAAGUUCCCAGAUUGUUUGCUGCCCUCAACACACUAUGAAGAUGAACUUUGGACUCUCCAAAUAUUAGAGAAAAUGCAUUUCUUUUUCUUCCAUCCCUCUUUCCUCCCCUCAAUGCUUUCUGUUUUUGUUUUUUUUCCAUUUUUUACUGGCAACUGCUGCUGUUGUAUUUUAUGAGAGUGGGGGAUUUUUUUUACCUGGGUUUCUGUAGAGAAAGGGGGACAAAGUAUUAAAAUUUGAACUGCUGAAAACCAUUGCUACCUCCUCAUCUCCUGUGCUCUCAAACCUUUGCUGUCAGUCUGCCUGCCACCUUGGAGAAAGUUGAAGAAUAUCUCCUUGCUUUCUUGUCAGAUGUGAUGUAUGCAUGACUGGACAAAGUACUUUUGAGUUGUUCAAUUGAUUCACCAGGAUCCACCUCUUUUGUUUGAAACCCAGCCUUUCCGAAAUUUUAGCAGCACAAAUCAAAGUUCUCCGAGUUAUUUGUUUGAUUUGUUUUACUACCAAAAUUAAACCCCUCCCAUUUUUGACUAUCAGUCUCA